AUGAAAAUGUCAUCUCGCACUGGAGCUAGGCUUGAUACUAAAAAAAUUAAUUCAGAAUUAUUUACCUUAACAUACGGAGCAUUGGUCGCCCAACUGCUAAAAGACUAUGAAAAUGUAGAAGACGUGAACAAGCAGCUAGAAAGAAUGGGCUACAACAUGGGCGUGAGGUUGAUCGAAGACUUCCUAGCUAGAACCGGCUCCGGAAGGUGCUACGACUUCCGCGACACCGCUGAGAAAAUUCAAUCCGGGUUCAAGCUCUUCCUGGGCAUCACUCCGACAAUCACCAACUGGAGCGCCAUCGGGGACGAGUUUUCCCUCUGCUUCGAGUCCAAUCCUCUGACGGAAUUCGUCGAGCUCCCUGACAACUGUCUUCAUCUCAAGUACUGCAAUAUUCUUACUGGAGUCCUUCGCGGAGCUUGCGAAAUGGUCCAGAUGGAAAUCGCAUCCUGGUUCGUUCAAGAUCAGCUCAAAAAUGACAAUAUCACCGAGCUUAGAGUUAAAUUUAUCAAAAGAUUAGAAGAUGCUAUUCCUGCUGGAGAAGAUUAA